AGAAUGUUUUGUGAAGGAGUGAAAAAGUGUUCUGUUCAAAAAAUGUGGAUUUUAGUCUUAUUUGGGGGACUCCUCAUACCUUCAGUACUGGGAGAAGAUUGCAAUUAUGCUUUGGAAGUUGGCACGACCGCUAUUAAUAUUUCUUCGGGAGUUGAUCCUAAGUGCACGUGGACUGCUACGGCAUACUCUGACUAUCGCCUCAAACUAACUUGCGACGUGCAUCUACCUGGUGGAAUUAAUUUAGGCCUUGGCGGCUGUCUUUUGAAUUUUCUUUCAAUUUCCGCUUCCGGAAAGCCAGACUUUGCCGAUGGAAUCAAAUACUGUGGCAAUGAAAGCUUUACCGUACUCUCUGAUCUCAAUAGGAUCAGCAUUAAACUCACAUCAUCUCUCUUGCCAAAUAAUCUUCUCGGGAUCUCUUUCACCUGCUCACUUCAGGCUGUUUUCGAACCCUGCAGCUGUGGGCGGAGAAAUAGGACUGGAAUGCUGAUUGAUGUUGAAGUGAACGAAUAUCCUGCUGUAGCUUAUAUAGGAUACACAAAAUAUGAAGGAGUACCAUUAUUAAUUUGUGGAGCUACAUUAAUUUCAAACUGGAGAGCUCUCACUUCCCAAAGUUGUGUUGUGAAAAACCCCGUUGAUGAAUUAAGCUUGGUAGUUGGAGACUACGAUAUUUCUUCCACAACGGAUACCCCAUAUACUGCCAUGUACGACAUUGAGUCCACCAUCUGCUACACAAACAACUGCAAUACUCUGCCAGAUGUUGGAAGUGGAGACAUUGCCCUUCUGAAGACCAAGAAUGAAAUUCAAAUGAAUCCAGGAGUGGGAGUCAGUUGUCUUCCAUACAAGUACAGAGAAGUAGAUUCACUUAAUAAAUUGGCAGUAAUCUUAGUUGGAUGGACGUAUGAUUCAACCGAAUUUGGAAAUCGUGAUGUGCAGCAGCAGGCAUUUUCAUCUGUAUUCUCUUCAGCUCAAUGUAAAAAAAAUUAUCCAAAUGCCACGUCGAUCGACAUUUGCAUCUAUACUUCUCAGGACAAUACAAAAGAUUGUUUGCUAAAUUCAGGCAGUAGUGGCUUUUACGACGAUUCCGACAGUGGUCGUCUCUACAUUAUCGGUGUUUUAAAUUAUGCCAAAAAUGAGGCCUGUUCUAAAAUGAAACCAUAUAUAAAUACACGUACUGGGGCUGUUCUGGAUUGGAUUAUCAAUAACACUCCAGAAAGUAGCUACUGCAAUGUUUAACAAUGAUAGGCUGUCACCUUUAAACAAAAUUAACUAAUAAAAUAUAAAAAAAAAAUAAAA